CAGUAGGAUUAUUUGUGUUUAUAAUUUGAGGACCGCAUGUCUAAAACACAUGGGGGCGCAUGCUCCCGUCAGCAACCCAAGCGGGGGGAAAGAGGACCGCUGAUUGGCCGCUGCCCGGUUCAGUCCACGGCUCGCGUGGUCGGGCUAUUCUGUCAGCUGGCGCUGCUGUUCGCAAUAGCAGCUGUUCGGGUAGUUGGUGAAGGUGGACAAAUGGACGGGACGCUCAUGUUUCUUCAUGUCUGGAAGUGUGGGGGGACGACGCUGCGAAGGCUCAUGUGCGACUGGGCCAACAGUGAGGGUCUUCCUUGUGCAACCGUCGCGGGCUGCGGCCAUCUUUCUCUCAAGGAGCGAAAGGUUUGCCUGCUGAACUACAAGCUAAUCUUCCCCGAGCAACAGGGCGAGUUCAUCGCCAGGCAGAAGGUGCUCGCUGGACACUUUCGAUGGGGUGAGUCACGAGUCACGUCUGCGUGCCACACGGUUACGAGAACCUUGUUCGCGAGCGGUUUUCAGGUGUACGCUGCAGAGCCGCAUUGGCUCGUCACGACGCUCCGCAACCCGCUCGAGCUCUUCGUCUCCGGCGAGCAGUAUCUCAACCGUGCAACGACGGCCACGCUCAGCAAAGCCGUGCAGGUGGUCGAGAGAGCCAUGCGGAAGUCUCUCGAGACCCCGACGCAGCCGCCCGGUUACUUGCACCGGCUGGUGGGACGCAGCGUCGUGACCAACGCGGAAAUCCGCGAGGCGACGGUGGAAGGGGCGAGAAAUCUCAAGACUUUCUGGCUGGUGGGCGUGGUAGAGCAAUACGGUGGCUUUGUGGCGGUGCUUCGGGCCCUUCUCGACCCCGACGGGCUCCACGAUGACCUGUGGAGACCGCAGCUGGAGGAGCACAAGCUGAACGCCUCGCCCGUGCAGUCGUCGAACGUCCUGGCGAGUCUGGACCCGCAGCUGGUGAAGCAGUUCAACUCGACGCUGAGCUAUCAGUGGUUGAUGUACGGCCACGCGGUGCGCUUGUUCAGGGCCAGGUGUCAGGAAGUGUUGCCCGAAUAUCAACACUGGGAGUUCUGCAGCGUACAGCAACCCCCCGUGGAAUACACCAGUUGAGGAGUGAGUGUUGGGAUCUUUGGUUUCCAGGUUUUGCGCAUUUUCUUAGUAGAUGUCGCCCUAGAUUAGCGCCACGUUGUUGCUGUCCAUCGAUGUGUCCAUCGAUGCUUUAUUGCUCCAACGGGCGCUCUGUGUAAAAUAUGUUCCUGUCUCAUGUGCUCUCCUCGUAGAGCUUGCCGUUAUUCCUUCAUUCAUCCAGAUUAUUGUAAUGUUCGGUUAUAUGUUGUCAGUCAAGCCAGGGGUUAAUGUGCUCUUCACCCACGUCCACCUGUUUUGCAUGUGGUACCAACUGUUGCUGUAGGGAGUUUUGCUGUUGCUGUUAUGCUGUUGUUCUUGUUGUUGCUGCUGCUGCUGCUGCUGCUGGGCCAAAUUCGUUGGUAACUGAAAGUGAUGUGUAUCGAAAGGUUUUUGAGUGUGGCUGCUGUGGCUGUUGUGACCGGCGUUCACUAUGGUGUAGCGUCGAGCAUCUAUUACCUCAUCGUUGCGUUGAUCGCACGUUAGAGAGGCUCUUGUAACGCGCUCCCGACGUGUCUGCGGUGUUGAUGUUAAAAAUCGUCCGUCCGUGAAAAACUGAAUCUUGGUAACUCUGUUGGCGGUUGAACUCGACGUACACUGUUGCUUAUGAAGUAGAAACAGUGGGUGGUAUGAAAUAUUAAAAUAUGAAGAGUUCUCAAGGAAUACGGAAGCCAAGGAGUGGGUGGCGGCUGAUGAUGUAUGUUUUCUUCCCUGCCGAGGGGUCUCCGACAGGAGUUGUCCCCACGAGGGGGGGAGGGGGGGG